AUGGCAAAUCUUACUAAUAUUAUAAAUUCAUGGUCUCAAAGAAGAAUACAAAACGGAAAACCUUUGGGUGGUAAACCAAAGACAUAUGCGGUUUAUUUAGUUCGGUCUGAAAAGUCUACUGUAAAAUAUACAGACUGGGUAUGUGGAGGGGCACUUGUUGCUAAACUAUAUGUUGUCACCGCCGCUGCGUGUUUAGAAGAUGUUGAUUACAUAUACGCCAUUGGUGGUGUCAAAGCUGUAGUUGAAUUUAAAGAUCUUGAAACUCAUUCAUGUACAAAAUGGUAUAAAAGAAGAGUAAUAUACACAUGUGUGCCGAGAGCUUACGAAUUUGAUUACGCCAAUAUUGGGAAGUGGUCAGCUAUCGACAUAGGCAUAGCGAAAAUCGCUCAUGAGUUUUCAUUUGAAAGAGGGUAUUGUGACUACGACCCAGUGCCUAUUCCCAUUAAUUACGAUCCUAAAUUUCAAGAACCUGGCACUGACGCAAUAGUGAUAGGUUGGGGACAUAGCGAAAUAUGGAAGCAACCGGGCGAUGAACAACGUUUAUUGCAAAAAGAACCUCAUUACGCAUCGGUGUCUAUAACGAGUAAAAACAAAUGCAAAGAAAGUUACAGUGACGUACCAGGGUUACAAGAUGUUAUAGACAAAUAUAUGAUAUGUACAAGUGGAGCGGGAAAUCUGGAUAAUGAAGGUAAUAUCAUGACUACAUUGAAACCUGAGUCUGAAGGAUGUCUGAAAAGUAAUUCAAAGGGCGACUGUCGAAGAAGUUUAAACGGCAACAUGAGUAUGGACUCUGUAGCUGACCUUGUGCCGAGCAGGAGACAUGGCAUUUGUCAGAACGAUCAUGGAGGUCCGCUGGUGACAUGGAUCGGUGGUAGAGAGUACCUCAUUGGUGUUGCGUCCGUAUUCCGGGUGAAUAACGAAUCUAAAUGCGAAGGACCAUAUUUAUUCACAAGUACACAAUGCAAUGGAGCCUUUUUAAAUUGUAUUCUUAACCCACAGGAUAAAACAAGACGUGCUAACUCAAUUUGUGACAUGCCAGCAAAGGAGCGAGGUUUUGAAAUGAUACACAGACAUAUAUCGUGGGAUAGUCAUCCGGAUGGGCCGGCUGAAAAUGAAAAAAUAAAUUACAGGCCUCUUAUACCUUUACGCAGUUUUCAUAAAAAAAGAAAACGAUCGAAAAAUCAUGGAAAAUAAUUCAUGGUUAUAAUACAAUUUUGAUAAAGAAGUCUACAGUUUUUUGGUUGUAUCAUAUAGUAUUAAAAAUAUAAGGGCCGGUUUACAUAAACUGUUUUAAGACGCAGCGUUAAAAAUGCAUGCGGUGCGGUGGUUGUACGUUGGCAGUUCGUAUAUAGUGGUCCUAAGACAAGCAUAGCUACAGUAACCUUUGUCCGCGGUGUUCAAGUUACAGAAAAAUCGCUUUGCAGUUCGCAACUCACUUAAAAUCGGCUUCUUCUUACUAACAAACAAUCAAGGUACAUCCGCGAACAAUGGCCAUUGCACAUAAUUUCGUCGUGAGAUUAGCUUUUUAAGGCUGAUGAUAUCCAUUCGUCAAAAGAACAACGCGCUUUCUGGUUGCUUAAGAGUGACAGGUUCUAUAACGUGGUACCUAACAACAAUUUAACUGACAAGUUUUUGUCAUUUAAUAAUCAUUAAGAAGUGUCAAAAUCUUCUGAGGGACAACAAAAGUACGUCGUUUUUUAUUCA